AUGGGGCUCAAGCUGGACACAGCAAAGGAAAGCCAGAAGAGCUACGAACAGGAGGCAUUGAACUCAAUCAUGAAGGAUCUGGUGGCCCUCCAGAUGAGCCGACGUCCCCGGGUGCCUGGAUAUGAGACCAUGAAGAACAAAGACACGGGUCACCCAAAUAGGCAGAAAAAACACAACAGCAGCAGCUCAGCCCUUCUGAACAGCCCCACAGUAACAACAAGCUCAUGUGCAGGGGCCAGUGAGAAAAAGAAAUUUUUGAGUGACGUCAGAAUCAAGUUUGAGCACAACGGGGAGAGGCGAAUGACCAGUCCCUCUCCCCAUUCCGGGGUGUCCAGGCAGGUGCGGAUCAAAGCUUCCCAGUCUGCAGGAGAUAUCAAUACCAUCUACCAGCCCCCUGAGCCCAGAAGCAGGCACCUCUCUGUCAGCUCCCAGAACCCUGGCCGAAGCUCACCUCCCCCUGGCUACGUGCCUGAGCGGCAGCAACGCAUUGCCCGGCAGGGGUCCUACACCAGCAUCAACAGCGAGGGGGAGUUCAUCCCAGAGACCAGCGAGCAGUGUAUGUUGGAUCCCCUGAGCAGUGCUGAAAAUUCCUUGUCAGGAAGCUGCCAAUCCUUGGACAGGUCAGCAGACAGCCCAUCCUUCCGGAAAUCGAGAAUGUCCCGAGCCCAGAGCUUCCCAGACAACAGACAGGAGUUCUCGGAUCGGGAAACUCAGCUGUAUGACAAAGGGGUCAAAGGUGGAACCUACCCCCGGCGCUACCACGUGUCUGUGCACCACAAGGACUACAAUGAGGGCAGAAGAACGUUUCCACGAAUACGGCGUCAUCAAGGCAACCUCUUUACCCUGGUGCCGUCUAGCCGCUCCCUGAGCACAAAUGGCGAGAACAUGGGUCUGGCAGUACAAUACCUCGACCCGAGAGGGCGCCUGCGGAGUGCGGACAGCGAGAAUGCCCUCUCUGUGCAGGAGAGGAAUGUGCCGACCAAGUCUCCUAGUGCCCCCAUCAAUUGGCGCCGUGGGAAGCUUCUGGGCCAGGGUGCCUUCGGCAGGGUCUAUCUGUGCUAUGACGUGGACACAGGACGUGAACUUGCUUCCAAGCAAGUCCAAUUUGACCCAGACAGCCCUGAGACAAGCAAGGAGGUGAGUGCCCUGGAGUGUGAGAUCCAGUUGUUGAAGAAUUUGCAGCAUGAGCGCAUAGUGCAGUACUACGGCUGUCUGCGGGACCGUGCAGAGAAGACUCUGACCAUCUUCAUGGAGUACAUGCCGGGGGGCUCAGUGAAAGACCAGUUGAAGGCUUAUGGAGCUCUGACAGAGAGCGUGACCCGCAAAUACACCCGGCAGAUCCUGGAGGGCAUGUCCUACCUGCACAGCAACAUGAUCGUUCACCGAGACAUCAAGGGAGCCAACAUCCUCCGAGACUCUGCCGGGAAUGUGAAGCUGGGGGACUUUGGGGCCAGCAAGCGCCUGCAGACCAUCUGCAUGUCCGGCACAGGCAUGCGCUCGGUCACUGGCACGCCCUACUGGAUGAGUCCUGAGGUGAUCAGCGGCGAGGGCUACGGGAGGAAGGCAGAUGUGUGGAGCCUGGGCUGUACCGUGGUAGAGAUGCUGACAGAGAAACCACCUUGGGCAGAGUAUGAAGCCAUGGCUGCCAUUUUCAAGAUUGCCACCCAGCCCACCAAUCCUCAGCUGCCCUCCCACAUCUCUGAGCACGGCCGGGACUUCCUGAGGCGCAUUUUUGUGGAGGCCCGCCAGAGACCUUCGGCCGAGGAGCUGCUCACACACCACUUUGCACAGCUCGCGUACUGAGCUCCCUAGGCUCACUGCCGCCAGCCUCCCCUGCUGCACGGGCAAGGGGCUGCCGUGCGGCUCCGCAAAGUUGCUGCUUCUCCUGGGCAACGCUGUGGACCAUGGAGCUGCAGUCCAGCCAGCGUUCGUCUGUGCCCCGUCCACCACGGGGGCUCAGAGCCAGGGCGGGGUGGCUGCAGCCUCAAGAGGACUGGGAGCCCCCAGCCUGCCAGACCCGAGAGCUCCAGCAUCCUAAGCUCCUCGUGGAGGGGAAGGGGCUAGGAACAGUAUGCAAAGCGCUGAGGGCCUUACCCUCAGGGCUGUGUCCUGACACUGCAGUCAGCGCCAAAGCCCCACGGGUGUGGGGGCACAGGACUGACACGAGGGUCUGCUUAGUGUUACUUUCAUUCAGAGUGUUAUUUUGUUUCUCCUCCCAUGUCUGGAGACCACCAGGGCAUCUCUGGGCUGGAUGAGCCCCCCCAAGCCUGAGGUAAAGCCCAGCAUCCCACAGCCAAUGGAAGGCAGAGGCUGGGGCUGCGCUCUCCCCGGAUCCCCUAGGUCAGCUUUGCCAGUCCCUGUCCUUUACCAAAGAUGAAUGAAGCAAAUGUUAUGCUGCCUUAUUCAGGGAAGGAGGAACCCAUCCUGCCUGCCCCCAUGACCCUGCACCCCCCACCCCCAGCAGGGGCCUGAGAUGUGGAACUUCCCCCACUUGGGGCAGGGGAGACCCAGUUUUGUCAAUGCAAUUGUCUCUGUUUUACAAGUUGGAGUCACUCUUAUGCUGUACCCAGUGUCUAAACUGGAGACUGUGUGCCCUUGGGCUCUGAGUAUCCCUGUUGUGGGCUUGGGCCUUGGGCUGGAUUGGAAAGAGCUGAAGGUAAUGGCCUUUGUGUUCCUGACCUGGCACCUUUUCCCCCACUGGAGCAGAAAGGAAGAUGGACAUCGUGGUGAGGGCAUCUGAUCCAGCUGGCUGCCAGACGCCUGGGCAGGCUCUUCUGGACAGCCAGGGAAGUUGGAUCAGGCUGUCUGUGAGUCGUGACCCUGCUAGGCCAGAGCCCUCUCCAUCUGGUAGAAGGGAGAGCCCAUGUGAUGUCACCAACUGUGUCCCAAACUACCAUCUCUGUUCCUUCUUGGCCAGCCUUGCCCAUCCCCAUGAGGUCUCAGCCUCUUUCCCUUCUUUGAGGAGGAAUGGUAGCAGGGGUCGCGGAGCCAGCGUCUCCAAGCAGCUUAGUUAGAGUUGGCCUUAUUUACCUCAGCCUGGGCGCUGGUCCUUUCUUCCGGCCCCUCCCCUCCAAAAUGUGCCUAUUGCUAGAGCUCCUCCCGCCCAACACCCAGUUUCCUUGGGAGUUGUCAUUAAAGGAACAACAACAACAACAACAACAACAAAGCCAGUGCCCAGGGAUGGGCCUCUCCGGGGAGCUGGGGAUCAGCGCCAGGCAGCUGCUCAUUGCCAGCCAUGCCCACUUCCCCACGGGCACCAGAACAAGCCAAAGCCUUCGUUGUAUGUUGACGAUGCACUUUUAUGAAUGUAGUUUCUAUCGCUGUUUUUAGCCUUUUCACAUCAUGUAAUGUGAGGCCUUGUACUUGUUAAUUUAUAUCUCAGAUCAUAUUUGAUGGUUUUUAUAUAUAUCAAUUCUAGAUUGUUACAGGUGAUGGACGCCUCAAGAGAGAGAAGAGAAAAUGAAAGCAGCUGGUUUUGCAGGAAUGUGUGUUGCACGGUGCCAGUUGGGCCUGGGCCCCUCUGUUUCCAUCCUUUCCCCCCAGGGGCCUCUGUCAGGCACCCCCAGCUCAGCCCUCUGAAGACAGUGAGCACGAGCUCCUGUCUCCACCUUGUCCCUAGCCCAGGGUGGGGACUGGCCCCUCAACUUGACCAAAGCCGCCACGUGGCAGCUCGGCCUCUCCACACCCCCAUCCUGAUGGCUGUAGUACUCUUUGUGGGCCCACACCCCCGUCCCCAGUCCCUGUUCCCCAAGAGGAAACAGAGCACGGUGCCAGUGCCAAGACGACUCUGUGUGUCCCAGCUUCAGGCUCUCACAGAGCCCCACCUCCUGGGGUCUUACCUCACAGGGAAUGGGUUCUAAAAGUGAAUUUGCAAACAGGCCAACAAACGCUGCACUCCAAAAAAAUAAAAGACCCUGUUUUUUGUUUUGUUUUGUUUUUUUGUUUUUUGUUUUUUUUUUGUGCCAAAAACUGUGGACAUGCUGGCUCAGCAUCCUCAGGACCAAGCUGUUGCUUAAUUUUAAUUUAUUGUCUUUAUAUUAAAUAACCCAGAUGACAAGUUGUGGGCCUAGGACAGCCUGGGCCCGAAGAUUCUGAAAGCAGUCCCCUGGAAGCCCCAGGCUUGCUGUGGGAAGGGCCAUGCUGCCAUUUGCUCAUCAUUCCGUGGGCUAUGUCGGCCUUGGCCAAACCUACAUGGAGAGGCCAGGACUGGGGACAGUCCACACUCCAUCGCCCUCCUGCCCCUCCUUUCCACCUCAGCUCUGUGUCUGUGUCUGAAUUGUGGAUCGUGCAGAAGAACCUGCAGCCAUAGUUAUUUGACUAUAUCUCGACCGAGGGCUUGCAGUGCAAAGCCAGGCCAGUGUCGCGCAUUACUUACAAUAAAAGGGAUCAUUUAUA